AAACUUAGGGCCAGCAGGGAUCUUGCAGCCAAUCCAACCAGGGUGGUGGUGGACUGAUCGACAGCUGUACUAGUGUCUGACUCUGCAUCCAAUCUCGGGAUAUUCAAUGUUUGGACUAACCACUACCGGUAGUAGCAUCGUCCCCCAGGGAAAAGUUGUCUCGCCCGGUCUAGGGUCUAGAUGGAUGACGGAUGUUCAAGGAUACUGGCAAACCACAGAAUGUUGUUCGUGUUGUCUGUGAUACACCACGCCUUCGCUACAGCGUGCGUACACACCGCAACAUGCACCCCGUGCGAAACGUGGCGGCCACGAGACGGGGUUGGUCAUGCAGAGAAACGAAGAAGCAAGGAGUGUCUUCCCUGUUCUAGAUCCUCCGGAUCCUUCAGCUGAGUGAGAUGAGCGGCUCUCGUUUACCGAUGUGAUGAUAGGUCAACUCUGGUCAAACUGAUCAUUUGGACGGCGAGUUUGCGGGGAGACAGGAGGGAAUGUCCGCUUCUUGAUCAGCAUGACAUGAAUCCCAAUUAUUAUUAUGAUUUCGACCUUGCGGUUAUCGUCCCUGAUGCGGAAACGAUACUGUUCUGUCAAUCCUUCAACGCCUGUCAUCGAGAA